UGGAUGUUGCCGAUACUAGUGCAGUACGAGAUCAUAGUAAUAACGUCACCAUCCAUCACGGGUGUCACAUACAUGGACCACUUCGAUUUCGAGGAGAGAUACAGAGACGCUAAUGAGUGUAAUCCCAUGUAUUGGCAUCCGCUACAUUUACCCGCAUACUGCGCCCAUAUUUUCGAGAAAUUAAUACGUGCCAGAAUAGCGUCGAAAACACCUGUCAGAAUUACAAGAGAAAGAGAAAAGGUCGAAAUAACUCAGGACUCAGAUUCUUCUGAAGAAGAUCAUCACCAUCAUCACCAUAAACCACGUCACCUUCAUCAACCUCAAGAAUUUCAUCAUCCGCAGUUCAACUAUCCAGAAGAAAUCUAUCAGUAUCCAUACCCGUUGUACCAAAUAACUAGUGCGGAAUAUGAAUCGUACAGCCCACCUUACACUAAGACUGAACCUCUAGGCCCGUAUGAAGAAAUGUUAAGACUUCUUAAAGAGGACAUACAGAAAGGUCCCAGCUCCCCAACUGUGACAGUAAUGCCGGAACUGGGCCCCGUAGCGUUGUACAACCAAGCUGUAUCGAAGAAGAGUGUUAAAAUGAUUAGAUCGAUGGCAGAGGCAUUCGUUAAGGCCUCGAAAAAGGCUUACGAAGAUUAUUACGCAGCUUAUGAACCAUACCCAUCUGAUCCACACGUGUAUAUGUAUGACAGCUCAAAAAAUAAGACUGAAACUCAAGAAGAUAAGAAGAAGAAGCCAAAAAAGGACAAAGACAAAAAAGAGAAAGAUAAAAAGAAAGUUCAUAGAGUCAAGACGAAACACGGAGGAGUAGUCACCAUAAUAGAGACAAAAAAUUUGGAAGUUUUGAAAAACGAUGGACCCUUGCUUUGAUUUAGGUAAAACAGGGAACAUAG